AUGGAUGAAGACCUGAAGCCUGUGUAUUCCCCUUAUCUCCUUAUUACUAUCCCGUUAGAAUUCGCGGAUGGCUGCGUACUCCACAUACCACCUCAUCUACUUUCUCAGAGCCCUAAGCUAGCGGCUAUGUAUGAGGCGGAUGAGCUCAAUUUUCCCGAUGUUCCGAGUGAUGUAGGCCAUACCAUCAUUCAUUUCCUUUAUACCGGCACCUAUCAGCCCCUUCAAGCGGAAUACUCGGGGGCUAUAAAGGCGCUUGCUGUUGAGUUUUCAAUAAGCAUUCGUACUUAUAAUGCAGCCAAGACUUACGCACUUCCCAUUUUGGCGGAACUUGCAAAAGUUGAGGUUGAGCGGGUGGGCGAGAUGCUUCAAGUUACGCGUGUUUUCGAGAUUUUACGAAAUGUCUGCCCAGAUGUAGACUCUGAUGAGGUCUGGCUCAGACAAUUUCUGAAGAACCGACUGAAGAGUUUUCUCAGAGAUGGUUUCUUGAAACCACUGCAACACAAGACGGGUAUUCCGCGUAGAAUAGGUACUGCGCACAAGACCGUGACAAUCAACCACAUCCUCUUCAAAGGCAUGCUUGAACUAUUUCGAGAACAGGAAGCGCCACUGCGCAAAAAGACGCACGACACAUUCGAGAUGGUGGCGGGGGAUCAUCCAGGCUUUCCGCAUUCAUCGAGGUACUUGUUUGCCAUGCCAGUUGUCGAAUCCAACCAGUUUAUUGGAGAACUCGAGGGCAGCCUAUUCGAGCCUACUCUGAUAAACAAGAACAAAGGCGAAAAGGGGAAUCCUACGACUGAGGCAUUGGAGAAUAACGAUUCAGAGGAUAAGUCCCCGCAAGAUAUUGGAACGGGCCAGCAUGAGGAGAGCGAAAAGAGCUACGACAUCGUGGGCCCACUGAAUGAAAAGGAAGAAAAAGACGCCGGAGAACAAAUUGACCAGGAUACUGCAAAAGUUGCAGAGGAGGCUGCAAUUGCUGAAGAAGAGGUGGAACUUGCUCGACUGAUGAAGGCGAGAGCAACUUCACCUUGUGGCCUGGAUAUAUCAUCAGAAUCAAGGCUAUUUCUCCUCCAUGAAAGGGCCAAGGAUCAGGCUGAAGGACAAGCUUCUCAUAAAGCGGGUAAAUCAGCCAAAGGUAAAGUCAUCAAGGUCAGAAAAGGUAACAAGGGCAAAGGGAGCUAUGACAGUAACUUGGUAGAGUUUGAUCACCUAUCUGAACUAACAGCGAAUCUUCUCAUACUCGAACAGCAGACAAAAGACAAGGAAGACAAGGAAAACAAGGAAAACAUAGAGGACUCAUGGGUUUCACAUGGACAAAGCGAAUCUAAAGGAAAACAGACGAUGGAUAGGGACUCUGUGUCAAAUGCUCCGAUAUGUCAUUCAUCAGAUAAUGAUUCGCCAUUUAAUAUGGGGGAGCACUUCACGAGGAUAGAGCAUACUUGA